CGGCUCGGAAGCGGCGGGGCGGAAGCGGCCGGGGCGCCGCGGCGGGGGCGGAUGCGCGGGCUGGCGGCGGGGCCGCUGUGCCGGGGGCUCCGCGGGAGAGGCCGCCAGUUCCCCAAGUCUGACCAUCAAAUAUGAUGCUUUGCCUGCUACAAGAAACUCCUUAAGUACUUCUUUUGCCAUUUGGCCACAUGGCUUCAACUACAAUGGUUCUACCACACAGUAGCAUGCAGCAAGCUUUAGAACUGGCAUUAGAUCGUGCUGAGUAUAUCAUUGAAAGUGCCCGUCAGAGACCUCCCAAAAGAAAAUAUUUAUCCAGUGGAAGAAAAUCUGUAUUUCAAAAACUUUAUGAUUUAUAUAUUGAAGAAUGUGAAAAAGAGCCUGAGAUAAAGCAGAAGCUGAGACGAAAUGUGAACUUACUUGAGAAGCUGGUUAUGCAGGAGACAUUGUCAUGUCUGGUUGUAAACCUCUAUCCAGGAAAUGAGGGUUAUUCACUGAUGCUCAGGGGAAAAAAUGGUUCAGACUCUGAGACCAUUCGUCUGCCUUACGAAGAAGGAGAACUGCUUGAAUAUUUGGAUGCAGAGGAACUACCACCUAUUUUGGUUGAUCUUUUAGAAAAAUCUCAGGUUAAUAUUUUCCAUUGUGGAUGUGUCAUAGCAGAAAUACGGGACUAUAGGCAGUCUGGUAACAUGAAAUCUCCAACCUACCAAAGCAAGCACAUUCUUUUGCGACCUACAAUGCAGACUUUAAUUUGUGAUGUGCAUUCUAUAACAAGUGACAACCACAAAUGGACACAGGAGGACAAACUCCUACUUGAGAGCCAACUUAUUUUGGCUACAGCAGAGCCUUUGUGUCUUGAUCCUUCAAUAGCAGUGACCUGUACUACAAACAGACUCCUGUACAACAAGCAGAAGAUGAACACUCGCCCCAUGAAACGGUGCUUCAAAAGGUACUCAAGGUCCUCUUUGAACAGACAGCAAGAAGUAGCUCACUACUCAACUCCACCUCAGCUCAGACUACUUGACUACUUACAGAAAAGGAAGGAGAGGAAAGCAGCCCAGCAGUAUGACCUCAAAAUUUCAAAAGCUGGAAAUUGCGUAGAUAUGUGGAAACAGAACCCUUGCUACUUGACUGCUCCUUCUGAAGUAGAUGUGGAAAAAUAUGCCAAAGUAGAAAAGUCUAUCAAGUCUGAUGACUCACAACCAACUGUCUGGCCAGCACACGAAAUGAAGGAUGAUUAUGUGUUUGAAUGUGAAGUUGGUAAUCAGGUUCAAAAAACAAAACUGACCAUUUUUCAGUCUCUUGGCAAUCCCUUGUACUAUGGUAAAAUUCAGACGCUCAAAGGUGAUGAGGAAAAUGACAACCUAUUAACUCCAUCACAGUUCCUUAUUGGUUCGAAGACUGAUGCUGAAAGGGUGGUGAACCAGUACCAGGAGUUAGUGCAAAAUGAAGCUAAAUGUACUGUGAAAAUGUUUCAUAAUUCAAGUGGAUCAGUCAGUCAUCUUUCUCCAGGGAAGGAAAUGGAACAGCCAGAAAGUGUAUCAGGCUCUGUUCAGUCUUCAGUACUGGGGAAAGGUGUAAAACACCGACCUCCUCCUAUCAAAUUACCUUCAAGUUCAGGAAGUAGCUCUUCAGGUAAUAUUUUUAGUUCACAACAGUCAAGUGGCCAUCUGAAAUCCCCAACUCCACCUCCUCCUUCUAAGCCUCCUGGUCUUUCUCGGAAACAAUCUAUGGAUCUUAAUCAAGUUAGCAUGCUCUCUCCAGCCGCCAUGUCUCCUGCGAGCUCUUCACAAAGGUCUGGAACUCCUAAACCAUCUACUCCUACUCCAACCAACACCCCUUCAUCGACCCCACACCCUCCUGAUGCUCAGACCUCAACUCCUAUUACCCUUUCUGCCACCCCUACUCCCCAAGAUUCAGGCUUCACCCCUCAGCCCACUUUGUUAACCCCGUUUGCUCAGCAGCAAAUGUCUCUGAGCCAGGCACUGCCUGUAAUGACCAUUCCUCUUUCCACCAUGGUAACAUCCAUUACUACAGGAACAACCUCCACCCAGGUCAUGGCAAACCCUGCAGGACUUAACUUCAUCAAUGUAGUGGGCUCUGUGUGUGGAGCACAGUCAUUGAUGAGUGGUUCAAACCCUAUGUUGGGGUGCAACACUGGUGCCAUAGCCCCUGCAGGUAUAAAUCUGAGUGGCAUUUUACCCCCAGGAGGUCUGGUACCAAGUGCGCUGCCCGCUGCAAUGCAGUCUGCCUCCCAAGCAGGCAGCCCAUUUGGUUUGAAAAAUACAUCAAAUCUUCGGCCCUUAAAUCUUCUACAGCUUCCAGGUGGUUCACUUAUUUUUAACCCACUCCAGCAGCAGCUGUCACAGUUUUCUUCACAGCAGCAAUCUCAGCAGCCUACAACCUGUAGUCCUCAGCAGCAGGGAGAACAGGGGUCUGACCAAGGUCCAUCCAAUCAAGAUCAGGCAUUAUCUGCCCAACAAGCUGCUGUAAUUAACCUGACUGGAGUAGGGAAUUUUAUGCAACCUCAAGCCACAGCAGUUGCGAUUCUUGCAGCAUCAAAUGGCUAUGGCAGCGGCAGCAGCACAAGCAGCUCACCUGCAUCAUCAACAUUCAGGCAGCCACUCAAAAAGUAAAAGGAAAAGAGGCACACCAGCCCCUCCAAAAUCAUGAGACUUGCCUCCCACCACAAAUAAAUUGACUGGAAGGGGAUUUUUUUUUUUCAGAUUGUUAAGGAAAAGGCUUAAAAUAAAAUUAGUGUUUUAUAUUACUGGAGGGAAAAUGAAUUUUUGACAUUAUACUAAAAGAAAUGAACUGAUUUUGGAAGCCAACCUUACAGAACUUAGAAAUUUCAUCUAUAAAGCAGCUAGGAUCUGGUUUCCUCUAGUCACUUAAUUUUUUAACAGAAUGUUUUAUCUUGUAUUUUUUACCAGUCAACAACAUUGUACAUAGAAUGAGGGUGAAAAACAUUUUAGAAAAAAAUAAACUUUGUAAAUGUA